CAAGCAAAAAAUGGCAAAAAUUUGCGCCUACGUCACUUCCGGAUGCGGCUCUCGGUGUAGUAGGUAGUAAGUAGGAGGAGGAAACAGUAAAGCGGCUUCGUUAGCAUCGUUAGCAUCGUUAGCAUCGAGUCUAAUCAAUGACAGCUCGGUGUCGCUGUCGCUCAUCACCCGCCAUCACACACACCGUGUCCUCUGCUGCUCUGUCAACACUUCUGUAAACUGCGGUCGGAGGAAGACGACGAAAUGUCCAAGACUUUAUUCCUUAUGAUCUGAGGAGUCGGCGGUGUUUCCAGUUGACGAUGAAUGGCCUGUCUGUCAGUGAGCUGUGUUGCCUGUUCUGCUGUCCUCCAUGCCCGAGCCGUAUAGCCGCUAAGUUGGCCUUCCUGCCCCCUGAACCCACCUACACGCUCCUGCCUGAUCUGGAGGCAGGCCCCGUGUCCACCACCUCCACCACGGCACCCGGUCUUCGGUCUCGAGGUGGAGCGGUCGCUGGUGGUGGUGGAGCAGUCACUGGUGGUGGUGGUGGAGGCACUGGUGUUGGAGGAGGAGCACUAGCUGGUGGAGGAGCUGGAGGAGUAGGAGGAGGAGGAGAGGGGCGCUGGAAGCUCCAUCUCACAGAACGGGCUGAGUUUCAGUACUCUCAGCGGGAGCUGGACGUCACCGAAGUGUUCCUGACACGCACGAGUCGAGGGAACCGAGUGGGCUGCAUGUACAUCCGCUGCGCUCCCACGGCACGGUUCACCGUGCUCUUCUCCCAUGGUAACGCUGUAGAUUUGGGGCAGAUGAGCAGCUUUUACAUCGGUCUCGGGACGCGCAUCAACUGCAACAUCUUCUCCUACGAUUACUCGGGCUACGGCGUGAGCACGGGGAAGCCGUCCGAGAAGAACCUGUACGCAGACGUGGACGCGGCGUGGCAGGCUCUACGCACGCGAUACGGCAUCAGCCCCGAGAACAUCAUCCUGUACGGUCAGAGCAUCGGCACGGUUCCCACGGUGGACCUGGCGUCACGCUACGAGUGUGCGGCCGUCAUCCUGCACUCUCCGCUCACCUCGGGCAUGAGGGUCGCCUUCCCUGAUACCAAGAAGACCUACUGCUUCGACGCCUUCCCCAAUAUAGAGAAGGUAUCUAAGAUCUCCUCCCCAGUGUUGAUCAUCCAUGGGACAGAGGACGAGGUGAUCGAUUUCUCCCAUGGCCUGGCCCUGUACGAGCGCUGCCCCAAAGCUGUAGAGCCCCUGUGGGUGGAGGGGGCGGGACACAACGACAUCGAGCUCUACAGCCAGUACCUGGAGCGUCUGCGCAGGUUCAUCGGCCAAGAACUGGCAACCCAGCACACCUGAGGGGGGACCCUCCCCCCUCCUCUCUCUGACACGUUUACACUUCCUGUUUCCUGCAUCUCUACAAUUAGGAAUUCAUAUUUCACAGUAACCCGAGGCUCCUCUACUUUAAACCCAGUUUAAACCGACUCUAGACGUCUCCGUGACGUCCGUGACCGCAUUACUGAACACUAACGUAGUCCUCUACUUAUUCAGUAGCUGUAUCGUCAGACUCCGAGUAAAGCAGAGAGCGCGCAGACAGACGACACAGAAAUAGGCAAGAAAUUAGUAUAUAAAUAAAUAAAUAAAUCAAAUCAAAUAAAUACUUCACUUUUAAUGAAUUAGUUUCUCUGUUAUUUAUUUAUUUCAUUUCCUUUUAUUUCUAAUUAAUGACGAGAAUCCUGCUGGAAAUUAGGAUCAGUUUGUUACGAGGUCGAGUCAAACGAGAACCUUUAAUGCAAUUCCUCUUAAUUAGUCAAACUAAAAUCUCGCUAAUUUUCACGCAGCACCCAAAUCGAUGUCCGGCUACGUCACAGCACUCGAGUUAGCGUCGUCCGAACGAGCCGCCUGCGAAUAAAGCUGCCGUAUGUCGGCGUUACUGUAAGGUGGGAAACAAAUAAUAUAAACUUCUUCCUUCCCCUCUUUCCUUCUUCUCCCUUUUGUGGGGAAAAAAGGGGCGGAGCCGAGCACGUUUCUUGGGGUCGAGGGUUUCCUUGGCAUUAAGCUAGCCAGCUAACGUCUGCCAGCUAACGUCCAGCUAAUCACGAGUUACUGCAUUUUUAUCUCUCGCGUCUGUAGAGUUCUAGAUUUUAAAUUUCCAGUCUUACGAUCGACGAUAAAACGAGAGCUGCUAGAAACUCGACGACGUCGACAUGACGCGAGAGCUUCCCAACUUUUUCUGUGUCGUAUCCCGAAACAAUUUCUGGACCAGAAACGAGGAGCGAUUUUGUAAACCAUGUUUUUUUUUUGUUGUUGUUUUGUUUUUAAGUAUCUUAAAAUAUUCCUGCAUUUGUAGAAACAGUUUAUAAACCAACACCUUUUUAAAAUAGUUUCUGUUAAAUCCAGAUGUGUGUAAAUGGAAACAGGUGUAAAUGGAGUCAAUCUCUCUCUCUCUCUCUCUCUCUCUCUCUCUCUCUCUCUGGUGUCGGUGGGAGCGAGACAGCAGUCUGUAAACCACCGUGGACUCGUCCUUGUUUAUUCAGACAUUGUCGUCGUUCGGAGCGACUCAACACUGACACAGGACAACGGAGGUUCUUGGUACUUUGAUGCAGUUGUUCUGACCUCCUGUAUGCGUGUGUGUGUGUGUGUGUAUGGGUGUGGGUGUGUGUGUGUGUGUGUGUGUGUGUGUGUGUCCUAGAUAAGCGACAGUGCUAUAACACUCCAGGCUCGAACCUCUUCCUCAGUCAGAGCUACUUUUUACAGCCUCGCGAGAUCGUUAGCGUCAUCGUUGUUAUUUUUUUUCCUACUUACUUACUCUCUUUUUAAAGAUUUCAGACCACGUCAUUAACCUCCAUCUGGUCAUUAACCUCCAUCUGGUCAUUAACCUCCAUCUGGUCAUUAACACAGCAAUGUAACAAGCUGGCUGAUGACACCGGGAUUAACACAUAGCUCUGGAAUGUGUGACCUCAGGGCAACGUCUUAGAACACGAUAUCCACGAAAGUGUAUAGUUUUUCCUUCCCUGUGUGCGGUCACACUCUCCCACAUGUCCUGUGUGUGUGUGUGUGUGUGUGUGUGUGUGUGUGUGUGUGUGUGUGUGUGUGUGUGUGUGUGUGUGAGAGAUGAAACCGAGCCCCUGCCACAUCUGAGGAACUCUCCUCAUCCUGCGCCGGAGUGAAUUUCAGUCACGUGUCAUGUCGUGCCUGAAGCGGAGAUAAACUGAAGCUUGUGAUCUCUAGCUUUUGUCUUCAGAGGAUCAGAAUUUCACACAGACCACAAUCUCUUCCUUCCGUCAUCGAAACCCCGCCGCACCCCAUCACCCCCCCCCCCGACCUCAUUACUCAUCUUUUUACCUCUCUUUUUUUUUACCCGUCACUUUUAAUCUUCUCUUCUAAACGAUCACGUCACGCUCGCGAUGUCAAACAUUUUUUUUAUGAUUCUUAUUAUGCGCCUAAAAAACGUCGGGAUCUUUCGGCUCUGAAGAGCAAGCGCUCGUCAGAGCAGCAGUAGCGAAUGCUAGCUUGUUAGCCGCCAAGUCAUUUUUUAUUAUUUUUUUUGCGUACAGACGAAUGUUUUAUAUAUGUGAUUUAACCCAGACGGACCGCGGCUGUCGUUUAACAUCCCAGACGAAGCGCUACGGCAAAUUAAAAUGGCAGCUACAUUAAUAUAGUGAUGAAACGAGUGUUAACGCACCAGCUGUUCAUAUUCGUUACCGUUUUUACACCCGAACACCUGAACGCUUCAUUCGACAGAAUAUAUUUAUUUUUCAGGAGUCGCACGGAUUUUAUUCGCGUCUGUUUAUCGCGGUAUUCGUUUCAAGAAAACUGAUCCGUCGAUCCGAAUCGUCGCUCGUUACAAGACGACGAGAUAAAGAGACAAUGAGCGACGAUAUCGACGUUUAAUUCGGUUAAGACAUCUGCAGUCGGCGAAAAUAAACCCUAGAAUAAACGUCUAAGCAUAAAGAUGACCAAAAGUCAGAGAUUCAGUAGCUGAUUCAGUAGCUGAAGCUGAUUCAGUAGCUGAUUCAGUAGCUGAAGCUGAUUCAGUAGCUGAUUCAGUAGCUGAAGCUGAUUCAGUAGCUGAUUCAGUAGCUGAAGCUGAUUCAGUAGCUGAUUCAGUAGCUGAAGCUGAUUCAGUAGCUGAUUCAGUAGCUGAAGCUGAUUCAGUAGCUGAUUCAGUAGCUGAAGCUGAUUCAGUAGCUGAUUCAGUAGCUGAAGCUGAUUCAGUAGCUGAUUCAGUAGCUGAAGCUGAUUCAGUAGCUGAUUCAGUAGCUGAAGCUGAUUCAGUAGCUGAUUCAGUAGCUGAAGCUGAUUCAGUAGCUGAUUCAGUAGCUGAAGCUGAUUCAGUAGCUGAUUCAGUAGCUGAAGCUGAUUCAGUAGCUGAAGCUGAUUCAGUAGCUGAAGCUGAUUCAGUAGCUGAAGCUGAUUCAGUAGCUGAUUCAGUAGCUGAUUCAGUAGCUGAUUCAGUAGCUGAAGCUGAUUCAGUAGCUGAUUCAGUAGCUGAAGUGAAAUAAGAAGGAAUUAAUAAGUGAACGCAGCAGGUGUCGAUGCAGUGUGUGUGGAAGAGGAAAGACUGGAGCCGAGGCACUGAACAAAGCUUAAUCUGUCGAGGGAUCAUUUCUGGAGCUGCUGUUUGGUGUGUGUGUGUGUGUGUGUGGGGACGCAAGUGUUCGGAGGACAAGUGGUGCAACACUGGGCAAGACUUUGGAACUAGGGAUUACAUUGUAAAAUAAUAUAUAUAUAUAUAUAUAAAUAUAUAAACAGUGAGUGUGUGUGUGUGUGUGAGGACCCAGAUGAACUCGAGGUUGUUUCGAAGCUCCAGACCAACGUUUCUGAACUGUUUUGUUUCCCCUGAUUAAAGCAGCUGUAAGUGAGUGUUGUGUAAGAGCCUCAGACUGACAUGAUGUACUGUAUCACAUUUACACCUGAACCUGGAGCUUUCUUCAUUUGGGCUAUUCUUAUUAUUCUUAUUAUUAUUCUUCUCCUGCUCCUCGGGGGUUAAACGGGUUUUUAGCGGGUGGUGUGUCAUCGUCAUCGUGUCCACUUUCACCUUGUUUAUUAUAUUAUAAUUAUUACUGCAAAAUUGUUGUUUUUAGUUUUUCCAGAUCUUAGAGAAUUAAAGAUAAUGAAUUGAUUAUAAUGA